CCCUCUCUUAUUCUCUUCCUUGUAAACAUUCCUGAAAGAACUACUUGACACACGCUUUCUUUUGCCUUUGUGUAAAUCUCUGGCAGCCCACCCACUAUUUCCUGUCCCUCAGGAUGGCUCAGUCACUCUUACGUGUAAGCUCUGUGCGCGCCUUGAUUCUCUUGACCUCUAUAUCAAGAGGGUUCAGUCAAGGAGAAUUUGCAUAAACAAUUGGGAGAGAUAGUUAAUGGUGGGAAUUGUUUGCUUUUGUUGGAAGGUUGGAAUACGAGGACCCUGAUGAGAGUAUUACUAACAGCUGGGGCAGCCACCUUGCUUCAGCUAAGGGAGCUAAAGAAACCAGACCAGGGCACAGAGAACAUCUCUUCCUGAAUCCCCAGGGAAGGGGCUCAGCCUUGAGCCCAGAUCAACCCUGUGCUUGGAGCGGCCUCACAUGCUGUCAUUGAGUUGGUGUCCCUCCUCCACCCUCCGGUGUUUGUUCCUCUUGUAUCAACCUACCCUUGACCAGACUUUGCCCUGCCUGGAACCCCAUUUCCUGUUCUCUGCCAUUGUCUUUGGUAGCCACUGAUGGCAUUGGUGUGCGUGGCGCCCCCUUGUGGUGCCUUGGAUAAGGUGGUGCAAAGCUGGUUGGGGAAGGCUUAUGCUGUGUGGCCUUGGACCUUGGCUGCCCUCACCACCCUCCUGGUCCAAAAGACAAAGGGAUGCUGUGGACUCUGUGGGUGUGGCUCCACACUGUAGUCCCGGGGUACAGGGCUGUUCCUGUGGGUUGCUUCUGGCGAUCCGAGGGACUUCCACCAGAGAGUCUCGGCCUCCCCGGCUGGCCACUAACUUUGCCACCACUUUGAACUCGAAGCUUUUCAGCACCAUGAAGCUCCUGCUGCUGACCUUGGCAACCCUGCUGCUCCUGUCCCAGCUCAUUCCAGGUGAUGCUCAGAGAUGCUGGAACCUCCGUGGCAAGUGUCGCCAUCGGUGCUCCAGGAAGGAGAGCGUCUACGUCUACUGCACAAAUGGGAGGAUGUGCUGUGUGAAGCCCAAGUACCAGCCGAAGCCAAAGCCGUGGAUGUUUUAAGUACCCUGAAGACUGGAGAAUGCAGUUCGCAAAGUUGUCCUAGGUUGAGCUCAUGGGUUCUUGUGCUCAGUCAAUAAAUGCAUCCUGCCACCCCUUUGUAGCCUGCUUACCUAGACUAGCGAUUUUCAGGUUUGGGAAGUCAAAACUAUAAUAACCGCCAUCAUAAUAAAAAUGUGGCAUCUCUGUC